AUGGCAGACACAAGAAGCUCUGGGCACCAUUUAGACCUCGAGUCUCAGCAGACGGUGUUGCUCAUAACCGGUACCAACCCGCCACGAGUCGACCACUGGCGCUGGAUUUUUGUGAUCCUCCAAGCGCGCAAACUCCUCAUCUCACCAAGAGCCAAUCGAGCUAACAAGGUAUCUCCUCAAUCUCUUCCUCAACUCUCAUCAUCCGCUAUCCAUUAUACAGUUAUCAGCACUGUUGCUGCAGGAGAUACACCAGACUUGGAACUCCCAGGGACUACAGAAAUUUCACCUGCCUCACCUCAAGUUUCUGGAGAUGUCCCUUUGAGCAGGGAUAGUACCGCAAGUGAUGCUGAACUCCAGCAUGCAAAUGUUGCCAAGAUAGUGAAGGACAAGGAUUUUGUUUCCUUGGAGAAGUUUGGAGGCACCCGAAAGAUUGCAGAGGCACUCAACACAGAUUUAAAAAAUGGAAUUCCAGGCGAUCAAGAAGAUCAUCGACGCAUGGUCAAUGCAUCCUCGACAACACAGGCUCCUGCUCCAAGCUUCUUCAAACUUCUCCUUCAAUCGUGCAACAAUUACACCGUUGUCCUUCUCUUUGUGGCUGGAUUGCUGUCAAUUGGGUUUGGCAUCAAGGCGGAAGGCCUAAGGACCGGUUGGUAUGAAGGGGCCAUCAGAAUGUUUGCCAUCCUCAUACAUGUGAUAGCACCUUCCAUACGUGACUUCUGGCUUGAAAACUCACACAACCAUAAUGCAGUGAUACAGACUGCAGGGAUGAGUAAAAAUGGAGUUGAGGCCGUCAGAGGGGGUUGUCCGUGUGAACUUUCUGUAUCUGAUGUUGUGCCAGGUGACUUAGUGUGUUUGAAACAGGGAUCUGUGGUUCCUGCUGACGGUUUGUUUGUUUCUGGUGAGUUCUUAGUAUUGGAUGAUGGUAUGGAGACAACCAUUGAUGACAAUAAACCAUUUAUGUUCUAUGGUGCAAAGGUGGUUAGUGGAAAUGGUCGCAUGCUAGUUACCUCUGUGGGCACGGACAUGGCAUUGGGUGAGCUGAUGAACCGAGUAGCACAUACUCCUAACCGUGCCCAAUUACCAGCUCAACUUGACAAGAUGAACACACGCACCCAAAUUGCCGGGCUCUCAAUCUCUAUUCUCCUCCUUGUGGUGUUGUUCUUACGUUUCUUGUUCGAAAAGAAAGAUUACAGCUCUGGCCUCCCAGAGCUUCGGGGGAAACCAGCUGCAAGUAAGGAAAUAAUGAAUGAGAUGGGCAAAAUUCUCAUGAAACCAAGUGGGCAGAUUAGCAUCUUAACAACAGCUCUGGCCAUCUUGCUUGUAGGAGUAGUGGAAGGGAUACCUCUUUUUGUUACACUUGCCAUUACCUAUUGGAAUAGGAAGACACUGUCUGGCAAGGCCGUUGCUCAAGAAAUUUUGUCUUGUGUCACCAUGGGCUCUGUCACAACCAUUUGCACUGACAAAACUGGUGUGCUGACUUUGAACUCGCUGGAAGUCGACGUGUGCUAUAUUGGGAACGAAGUCAUAGAAAAUGACUGUGUCACCAAAAUAGACACACGUGUUCGUGAAGCUUUGUGCAAUGGAAUCUGCACACCACUGUUGAAGCCGUCAAGCUCUUGCAGCUCAUCAGAGGACCCGCUCCUUCCCUGGGCUGCCAAUUUGGGGAUGGAAACUGAGAUUUUGAGGCAGAGCCACACCAUCCUGGAGGAAAAGGAGUUGAGCAACAACGAGGAAGGCAGUGGAGUAUUGAUGAAAAAAUCCAGUGACAAUGAAGGAGAUAUGUGCUUGCAUUGUUGGAAAGGACCUGCAACAACAAUAUUAGCCAUGUGCUCACACUACACUGACAGCAGAGGGACAACAAAGGUCAUGGAUGAACAAUUAGACUGGCUUUUAAGCAUAUUGUAG